AUGAACAGUGAAAUGAGCGAUGUAGAUUCUCCAGUCGAUGAUAAUGAUAUUGAUAGAGAUUAUGUACAUAGUGAUGCAGAAAAGGUAGAUACAAAUCAACAGAACGAUGGUAUAAAAGAAUCAGAUGGGGAAACAGGGAGCAGAACAUUAAAACGGAUUAGGGCUGAUACACCUGAACCUACCCCUAGAAGUAGAUGGAAACACCGAAAAGAAGACACAUAUCCACGAUCAAAAAGAAAAAUAAGAAGAAAUCUGGGACAGCAGUAUACUAGUGACAAAACCAAAAAGACUGUUGCAGCUCGGGAGUUAGGACCUCCUUGUGAGUGUAAAAAAAGAUGUAGAGAGAAACUAGAUGGUAAUGAAAACCGUAUUUUCAAUGAAUUUUGGAAUUUGGGAUCAUGGGAAUUGCAGAAUGGGUAUCUCUUUGGAUGCAUUGCUAUAGCAAAGAAAAAGAGAUCUUACAAAACAAGGCAAAAACGACAAGAAUCAAGUAGAACUUCCAAUGCGAUUUAUUCUGUCAAUGCUAAUGGCCAAACAGUAAACGUGUGUAAAACCGAGUUUCUGAAUGUUCACGGUCUGCAAAAAUCAAAGGGUAGACUGAACAACAUCGUUUCAAAGAAAAUAAGAGGAACUCCUGUACCAGAAAAAGAUAAACGUGGCCGACAUUCGAACAGACCCAAUCAAAUUAGUGACCAGCAAAAGCAGAGUGUUAGACAGCAUAUAGAUUUAAUACCUAAAUACCAAAGUCACUAUAGCAGGGCUGAAAAUCUAGGGAAAGUAUACCUUAACUGUGAUAUGACCAUAUCGCGUCUUUAUUCUGAGUAUUAUGUUCCGUGGUGUCAACAACAACAUAUCAAACCUGUUCUGGAGCACACAUAUAGGCAGAUAUUUUGUACAGAAUACAAUAUUGGCUUUAAAUUACCCAAAUCCGACACUUGCAAAACUUGUGAUCAACUUAACAUCAGAAUAGACUCUGCAACAAAAUUAAAUGAAAAUCAGGAAUUGUCUCGGCUAAACAUUGACCUGACGACACAUAAAACUAAAGCGAAAGCAAUGCAGGAUUUGUUAAAUAACACGACUCAAGAAUCAAAAAACACCAAUAGAACGUUGGUAAUUUCAUUUGACUUACAACAGGCAUUACCAAUCCCGAAAUUAACAACUUAGGCAUUCAUGAUUGUACAAAUGGCAAAGGGCACAUGUUUCUCUGGACGGAAGAUAUAGCAAAAAGAGGAAGUGAUGAAGUCGCUUCAAUCCUCCUAAAAUUUCUUAUGACGAAGACCGAAAUUGACCACCUAAUUAUAUUUACAGAUAAUUGCCCAGGGCAAAAUAAAAAUUGGCUAAUGAUGAGUUUAUGGUUACAACUGGUAAAGGAGAAUAAAUUUAAAACAAUAACGCACCAUUUUCUCGUAAGUGGUCAUACUCAUCUUCCUUCUGAUAGGGACUUCGCACUUAUAGAAAAGCGACACCGAAGGUAUGCACCACAAGUUUUUUGUCCAAAUGAAUGGUACGAUAUUAUACGGCGAUCAAAUAAAAAAACACCUUUUGCAGUCACAGUUAUGACGCAGGAAGA